UUGAACAAGAUGGCCUCUAGCAUAAAGGAGUGUUAGCAGAGUGUCUUUGCUGUGUUGAGAAAGAAGUAAAAUGUGUAAAGUCCAGAUGCUGAGAGCGUUGGUGGAGCAGCGACUAACUGCGGCUGCUGAAGAGAUAUUUACCAGAGAACCUCAGUCAGCUUUAAACUCUCUGAAACAUGAUUUAAAACAUAAGAAAACAUUCAGCUGCUCCGAGUGUGGGAAAAGAUUUGGCACCAGGAGACAUCUGUUUGAUCACAUGAGAAUCCACCCAGGAGAGAAAAAAUACAGCUGCAGUGUUUGUAACAAGAGAUUCAUCUGGCGUCAACAGGUCAGAAGACAUAAAUGCGUCAACCUUCAGUCGUCACAGCUUUAUCUGAGUCAAACGGAGGAGAACAGAGAGGCAGAGCCUCCAGCCAGCAGAGAAACUCAACACAUGGAAACAGAAGCUGAUGGAGAGGACUGUGGAGGACCAGAACCAGCCAGGAACUCACAUCCACCUGCUCUGAGUGUGGGAGGAGAUUUGUCCGCAAGCACCAUCUACUGA